UGACUCUUUUCACAGCUCCUCGCGUGCUAAAAAAAACGACACUGGGUUUAAGGCAGGUGCACAUCAGAGUACCCACGCGUGGCGACCACUGCUAAUGCAAGAUGGCGCAAUCAAAGCGCUACAUGGCAUGCGUUCUUCUGACGCUGGCUGGCAUCUCAUGGACCGAGUCCCGUAAAGAGAACCAGCCACACCUCUGCAGCGGAUUCUUCAUGGGGCCGCAGCCACAAAAUCCGUGUGGCUACCUGUGUUAUACAUAUGAGGGUGUCUACCAAGGAGUACUACCAGACGGCGCACGCUGUCGGAUUCCAUCAUUCUUCGGUCGUUCAGGCCGAUGCUACAGUGGGGAGUGCAUCGUUCAGAGACCAAAAGUAAGGCAGUGCGACGAUGUUUAUCGCGGGUCUGGGUACGCAACUUCGUGCCGUUAUCGCUGCGUUGACCCCUUCGGACAACUAGUGAUACGGCCGUACCGACCCGGAACACCCUGCCUGAAUUUGAAUCAGAAGAAACGCCCUCUCGGCGCGGCGGGUGUGUGCAAGGCUGGGGAAUGCAUCGAGUACGACGACUUAGAGGUGAGGAGCCGCUGGGUCGCGGAGAAUGUCUUCCAGUACAAGUACCACCGAUGCCUUGCCAAGAAACGCGUCGCCAACAAUUACCUCGCGGAUUGCCAUCACUACUGCAGGAGAAACAAGGCGUGGUACUACGGCAUGUACCAGGACGGCAUCAAAUGCUUGAGCCCGGACACCCGCGCACCUGGCUUUUGCUGCCAUGGAGCCUGUCAACCUAUGGAUUGCAAACGGAAGAAAUAAAAAGACGUCUUUGUUGCCGCAUUGUAGGC